GGUUUUCAAUGAACUGUCUAUCCACUUCGGACUUUCGGAUCAACCAAUGCCAAGAAACAAACCCUACUUAUCCAGUACACAGUGAUUGAACAAGUUGCCUGAGCUCCGAUGGCAAAUUCCGGCGGCAGCGGGUCGGAAGAUUUCUCGGUGGUGGUCUUAGCUUCGGAUUUAGGCGUAGACGCCCGACCCUUUCUGUCCCAAACGGAACAAGAACAGGGGGAAGAGUGCUGGCACGACUGCCCCUCCGACGUCCAUGAAGACUUCUCCGACCUCGAUGCUCUCCAAUUCUUCCGCCUCGAGCGGGGCUCCGAUGUUGCCGGCAAUCGGAUCUUCCGGAUCGUCGGAAAAUACUUUCCAGCUCUUGUAAUCAGUGCGGAGCGGCUGAAAAAAUAUGUUGUCCACAAAAUUCUGACAGAGAUGCCAGAAGGACCUUUCUGUGUUGCGUACAUGCAUAGUACUGUGAAAGGGGAAGAUAACAAUCCCGGCAUGACCAUAUUGAGGUGGAUUUAUGAAGGUCUGCCAGCUGAACAUAAGGAUAGGCUUCAGGUUCUGUACUUUAUCCAUCCUGGAAUCAGGUCAAGGCUUGUUAUUGCUACACUAGGCAGAUUCUUCCUAAGUGGAGGCUUAUAUUGGAAAAUUAAGUAUGUUAGUCGCCUACAGUACCUUUGGGAAGAUAUAAAGAAAGGCGAGCUUGAAAUUCCUGAUUUUGUCCAAGAACAUGACGAUAUUCUGGAGCACAGGCCAUUGACAGAUUAUGGGAUUGAACCGGAUCCAUUGCAUCUAAAUGAGAUGCCUCUGACUGGCUACUCAAUGGGGAGGUACCACUCCAGAUGGUAAUAUAGAGAGGCCAUGUCUUUUGUGAAAACAGCUAUCUGCUCCAACAGUGGUAAGAUCUUUGUAUGUUAGUAGAAAAAAAUGUUUCAAUGCUUGAAACCAUGGUGUUCUUGUAAUAGAUUUGUCUAGACAGACACAGCCCUAAAGGUGUUCACAAUGUGUUGUUACCUUAGAUUAUUGUAUUACUUCCUAAAACAAUACCUUAUGCAUAUUACUGGAAUUGUGUAAUUGUGUUUGGUUAAAGUUGGGAUGUAAUAUUAUUAAAUUAACCUAUUUGAUUGA